UCUGAGCUCAGCGAGGACACCUAAAAAGGCUGGAGGGGGUUGCGCUUGCUCCCUUCUCAACGCCUUCUCUUUGUAUUUGCGGUUGCAAAUUGCAUCAGCUGCGUCGUCUACACUCAGAAUUGUCGCCGCCAUCCCCAGAUUUCAGCAUCAUAUCAUAAUCCUUCAGAGAUUUUAGCUUAGGCCUUAGAGAUGUCUCUAUCUGAUGAUGAAAUUACAAAGCUAUUCAAAAUUCGAAGAACAAUGUUACAAAUGCUUUUGCAUCGGGGGUAUUCUGUAGCUGAAGCUGAGAUUAAAAUGUCUAAGCAACAGUUCGUUGAAAAAUUUGGUGAGAAUAUGAAAAGGGAGAAUCUUGUUAUACAUUCAGUGCGUCCAAGUGAUUCCUCCGAUCAGAUGAGGAAUGGGUCAUGCGGCUCAUACCCAGGUGCAAGAAAGCAAGAACUGUAUCACUUUGUUUCAUAUUUGGCCACACUCUUCUGUUCUGAAAAUUUAUGCUUGCUAAUUAUUUAUGUUUUCUUUCCUGAGGAGCUGAAGGUUAGCACCAGCCAAAUUAGGACCUACAUCACUCGUAUGAAAUCUGAGAAUGUUUCCAGAGCAAUUUUGGUUGUUCAACAGGUUGUGACUCCCUAUGCCAAACGAUGUAUAGAAGAAGUAUCCAGAAGAUUCCGCAUGGAGGUUUUCGAGGAUGCAGAGGUGGUUGUCAACAUUACUGAGCAUGUUCUCGUUCCCAGGCAUGAGGUGCUUACUGACGAACUAAAGAAGAAAUUGCUGGCAGAAUAUUCAGUCGAAGAAACAAAGCUACCACGAAUCCUUGUUAGUGAUCCUGUUGCUAAAUAUUAUGGGCUAAGACAUGGCCAGAUUGUCAAGAUCUAUCGGGAAAGUGAAACUGCUGGUGAAUACAUCACCUAUAGAUACGCUGUAUGAGGAUUCUUUUUUUUUUUUUUUGUAUUUUCAUUUUAAAAUAACGUCCUGAAUGUUUUAAUUGUAUUUCUGUGCUUAUGUUCCUAAUUUUUUCUUUCAGUUUAUUUAUUUUUUUGGUCUCAGAACCUUGUAAUCUCCUUUAUCUUUCUCUCUUUCUCUCUCUCUCUCUCUCUCUCUUCCCCCUUUUUUGGAUCUCCACCUCAAAGAUCUCUUUGGGUUUUCUGCCCUUGUAUGGAUUGGUCAUAUUUAUGUGUGCGCACUAGUAGAUUGGCAAAGUGACAAUGUGGAGAAUUUAAAAGUUGAACAUCGAAUUCCUCCCACAAUCCAUGAAUGCCAUAGUUUUCAUA